UACUGCAAAAUUUAUCCAUGUUUUCCAUGCUUAUUUGUGUCAGUUACCAUCAGUUAAUAUUCUAGCCUUAGAGAAUACAACAUAUAACUGCCUACAACUAAAUGCAGGUUGUCGGAAAGAUGGGAGACGCACUUCAGAAAUACUAUGAUCUCUAUAUACCCGAAGAGGUGCAGACUUAUCUAGAACCAAGCAUUUAUGCAAUCCUAUUUGUGUCAGGUUCUGCCAUUCUGUUCACUAUAUUCAACAGAGUACGCAUGCACCUAAAGGUCAAAAGAGCUAUGAGAGAUGCCCGCUCUAAACGUGCAGAACAGCUGAAAUGUCUAAAACAAAGGCUACAGAAUUCAGGUCUGACUUUAGAGAUGAGGAACAAAAUUCUAUCACUGGAUAUUGUCAAUCUGCAGAAGUUUCUCAAAGAUCGCUCAUUAAAAGCCAUUGAUGUCCUUCGUGCUUAUCAGUUCAAGGCACUUGAAGCUCAAGAGAAAAUCAACUGCAUUGUUGCUAUAAUUCCUGAUGCUGAGGAAUUAGCACUGAAAUGUGAUGCUCAACCAUCUGUGACCAAACCUCUCCAUGGAAUUCCAAUUAGUCUGAAAGAAACCAUAUUCCACAAGGGACUUCGAAUGACUUGGGGGUUAGGUUCCAGCCUGUUGUACCCACCUGCCACCGAAGAUUCAAAUCUCGUUAAGUGCCUGAAAGAGCUUGGUGCCAUUCCAUUUGUUACAACAAAUGUACCACAGGCUAUGUUAACCAUUGCCUGUGAUAAUAAUAUUUAUGGACAAACUCUUAACCCACAUAAAGCUGAUCGAUGUCCUGGAGGGUCCAGUGGAGGAGAAGCAGCCCUCAUUGGUUUUGGUGGAUCGAUUUUAGGCAUUGGAACAGACCUAGGUGGUAGCAUUCGGGCUCCAGCUCAUUUUUGUGGUGUUUUUGGAUUCAAAACAACGGUUAAUCGUUUUGGGACAGGAAGCACAUGUAAUGCAUUCAAGGAUCAAAUUCUCAUCGAGAAUUCCAUUGGUCCAAUGUCUCAGACUGCCGAUGGUCUAGUUAUUACGGCAAAAGCACUGUUUUCCCCUGAAGUUUUUGAAAUGGAUCACAAAAUAAUUCCUGUGGAAUUCCAAAAUCAUCUGUUUGAAGAUACAAGAAAACUGCGGAUUGGAUAUUAUGUGACUGAUAAUGUAGUUCAUGCCACUCCUGCCUGCCAGCGAGCAGUUCUUUUAGCAAAGAAAGCUUUGGAAGCCAGAGGCCAUACGGUCGUUGAAUUUACUCCUCCUAGAAUCUUGGAUGCUCUCUGUAUAACAAUGCAUAUAUUGUGGUCUGAUGGCCAUGUCCUGAGAAGAAUAAUAAAACAUGAGAAACCAUGUAAAGAGAUGUUCUUAGCAAGAACCUGUGAAGGUUUUAACAGAAUUCUUUCAUUGUUUGCUUACCCUUUUGACAAAACAUCGUCUCGGCUCAUUCGUACAAUGGAUGGAUUGCAGAAUUAUCGUGAUAUAUAUAACUUGGUCAAUGAGAAAGAAAAAUAUAACGAGGAAUUUGCUAACGCUAUGCAAAAGGAUAACCUGGAUGCUCUCAUCUGCCCUGUCAUGGCUUCACCAUCAUUUUUGUUAAGCUGUCCAAACUUUGGAAGAUUUCCCUCUUACCCUCUUCUCUACAAUCUGUUGAAUUACCCUGUUGUGUCUAUGCCCAUCACCAAGGUAUCAGAAGAAGAUGUGAACGAGAAAUACAAUGCCAGAACACUGCCUGAGUUCUGUUUGAAAGGCUCACUUCCAAACAGUGUUGGACUUCCAAUCAAUAUCCAGAUUGCUGCUCCAACAGCUAAGGAUGAGCUUGCCUUACGCCUCAUGAAAGAACUGGAUAAUGAACUAAAGAAGAAAACCAACUAGUGUGUAGCCACAAUAGCCCAUCAGUCCUUAUAUAUCUCUGAUGACGGAUAUUACAAGAUCUCAACUUUUGAGGGAAACUGAAUUGGUGUUGUGAAAUAUAUUUUCUGCUGUGGGGCUUCGGUCUUUUUUUAUAAAAAAUAAUAUUGACUUCCUUUUGCUUGUUUAAAAUGGUUGACAUAUGUGCCUUACAAUGCCUUGUUCAUAUUUGCAAUGUAGAACUUUAAAAUCAAUAUUUCUUCACAUAUGGACCUAAAUUUAUUGCCAUGCAGCUUGUGGACGAAUUAAAAUAUCUUUUGCCCAUUACAUAUUGCCCCCCCCAAAAAAAAACAACCCAAAAUAACAAUCUUUGGUUAUACAAUACUGAUUAUUAUAAUAUCAGUAUUAUAACCCACCUCACAUACCAUUGCGUACACCCUUGCAUCUUGUAUUCUACACAUGUGCCUUCCAGUAAUAUAACGAACUACACAGUCACAUAUUCUGCACAAUCGUGACAACACCCAAUGCUCAACAUAACUCACACAACACAAAUAUGUGAUACAGGUACCACACAACUCCCAAGGUACAUAUUCUACACCACAAAUAGGUGAACAACUAAAGUAACAUCUGAGGGAACCUAACAAACCCAUUAAGUAGAAAUCAUGUCAAUGGUGACACUGUAGCUCAACACAAGUCUCUGGUUCCCUCUCAAACCGUUCCAUCCAUGCCAGCAUAGAAAGUGGACAUUAGAUAAUGAUGAUGCCAAUAAGUCUCAAUUCUAAAACCUCAAAAGACAAUGUUGUAUGCACUUCAAUAAGACACAAGUGCAUCUGGUGGUGCAGUAGAAACUCAGAGAAAGAUGUUGAGAAUAUGUUAAAAUAUAAUAAUUAUAUUAAUAAAUAUGAAUAAGAAUUUAUUUUAAUAUUUAGCUUAUUGAUAUUCAUUACAGCUCAUUCUGGAUAUCAUUUCAUCUGAAAUGUUGUCUGAAAAUAAAAUGCUACUGUAAGCAGAGUUAGUGUAAUGUUAGCAAUUUCAUCAUCAUUAUCAUCGUCGUUGUCAUCAUUGUUUAAUGUCUUCUUUCUAUGCUGGCAUGGGUUUGACAGUUCGACUGAGGACUGCAAGCCGGAAGGCUGUACCAGGCCCCCGAUCUGAUCUGGCAAGGUUUCUACAGCCGGAUGCCCUUCCUAACGCCAAAUAUUAUAAAGGAAAAACCAAAUUUGAAAUAUGAAAGUAGCUUUUGCAUGGAAUAGUGUGUGAUUCUUUAGAAGGGUCUCCAUCACAAGAAUGAAGUCAGCUGUAUCAUUUAACUAACAAUAUUGUAAAGGUUUGUGACUGUAUCAUAAAUAUGUGAUAUAGUCACUGUACAACACUCAAAGCACUGAGGUCAAUAUAAUCGACUUAUCUCCUCCCCCAAACUUGCUGGCCUUGUGCCAGAAUAUGAAACGAAUUUUAAGUUUUGAAAUGAUUUGUAUAUUGUCUCUGUAAAAUUUUAUAACGAAAUCAAUGAAGUGCACAAUUUUGUGACAAAACCAAUUGGUGGAUUUUCAUUUUUCUUUGUUCUUGUAAGAUCUCAAUAAAUUUAUAUAUGUCAA